AUAAACAAACCUCAAUAGAAGCUGCGGAAGUAAGGCAUGGGUUCAUACUCAAAAUUGUUUCUAUAAUACACAUAAAAGAGCCUUGUUGGGAAGAUGAAUAGUCUCUCUCCAGAGUUGGCAUUGAGCCGUAUUUCUCCUGAGCUGCGGCCUUUACUCUGCUCUAUAGUGAGGAAUGGACGGGUUGGUUUGGAUUCAUCCAGCUGUCUCCGGAUUACUGACCUCAAGAGUGGCUGCACAUCACUGAUGCCCGGUCCUUGCUGUGACAGAUUUAAACUUCAUAUUCCAUAUGCUGGAGAGACUCUCAAAUGGGACAUCAUCUUUAACGCCAGAGACCCAGAACUGCCCCCAGACUUUAUCUUCGGAGAAGAUGCCGACUUUCUUCCUGAACCAUCUGAACUCCCGAACUUGGUUUCAUGGGACUCGGGUAAACCGGAGUGUCUCCUGCUGCUGGUGAAGGAGAUGCUGCAGCAGUACCAUCAGUACCAGUGCCAGCGGCUGCGAGACAGUUCCCGUCUGCUCUUUGAAUACGACAGCCUGCUCGAAGACCCAAACUAUGGACGUAAUAUGGAGAUCUAUGCUGGACGCAAGAACAGCUGGACGGGGGAGUUUUCUGCUCGUUUCCUUCUCAAGCUCCCUGUGGAUUUUAGCAACAUUCCUAUCUAUCUUCUCAAGGACACAGCUCUGGAUCCAGGAGAGGAUGUCGCUCUUUUGUCUGUCAGCUUUGAAGAUGCGGAAGCCACACAAGUCUUUCCAAAACUCUACCUAUCUCCCAGCAUUGAGCAUGCUCUUGGCGGAUCUUCAGCCUUACAUAUCCCAGCAUUUCCCAGUGGAGGAUGCCUUAUUGACUACGUGCCUCAAGUGUGCCAAUUACUCACAAACAAGGUUCAGUAUGUCAUUCAAGGAUAUCACAAGAGGAGAGAAUACAUUGCUGCUUUUCUCAGUCACUUUGGCAUGGGUGUGGUGGAGUAUGAUGCUGUUGGCUUUACCAAGCUCACCCUUCUGCUUAUGUGGAAAGACUUCUGCUUCCUGGUCCAUGUGGAUCUGCCUUUGUACUUCCCUCGAGAUCAGCCCACCCUGACGUUUCAGUCCAUCUAUCACUUCACCAGCAGUGGGCAGCUCUACUCUCAGGUGCAAAAAUCCUACCCCUACAGUCCACGCUGGGAUGGGAACGAGAUGGCCAAACGAGCCAAGACUUACUUCAAGAGCUUUAUCCCUCAGUUCCAGGAGGGGGCUUUUGCCAAUGGAAAGCUGUAGAUUUACAGCAUGAAGGUCUGCUUUUACAGUUGGAGUUCAUGAACAGGUUGUACAGGAAACAGCAUGUCUGACUUACAAUCCUGACAACUGCUCCUCUGUAAUGUUUUUGCUCUCAUAAUGUCAUUCAGUAUAUUUAAAUGUACUGUAGGUGUGCGUUUUUAUUUCUGUUUACCUUUAUUGUUUUUUUUUGUAAUAAUUUAAAUGCCUUUAGUUUUUUCCUCAUGUCAUUUCUGAACAGCUAAAAUCAAUAAAUCAAGUUUCUUUGCUA